AAUUGUUUUUUCUCUCUUUUAACCUUGAAAAUGGGAAGAAUUUUAAAUAAAAUUAAAGAAGGUGCCAAGGUUUCGAUUUUGGGCUCAGUUAUUGGUGAAGACCCUGCUCGUUUACUUUUGGGAGACUUGUGGAAAAAAAAAAGGCUUCUUGCAACAGUUCUAUGUGUAGCUUCAGAAAAGGAAAUAGUAAUUUCAGCAGGUCGUAUGAAGUUUGUAUCUGCUAAUGCAGAUGCUUAUCCUAACCAAAAUAAUGAAAACGAUGAACAAGAAGAAGCAAAUAGUA